CCGGCACGGCCAGUCAGUCGCGCUCCAGCCGUCGUAGUGGAAGGUGAUUGUUGCGCUUCUCUUUUCUAACCUUCGUGCAAGUUCACUUCGUUUCGCAUCUUCUCAUCAAAACAAAUGGAUUGUCUCUCCUCGUACUGCGCGACAUUUUGUGUCAACGUAUCAGUGUUACCUGGCGUGUCCACGCGAUAAAUCAAGUGUUCUCUCGUAUUUCAACGCAUUGUGCGAACAAGUUGUCGCGUUACGCAACUUCGUUUGAUCAUAGCACGCGGGAAGCUGUACAAACUUGCAGUGCAUCUUCGCUUCGUGUUUAUUUUUUGCUGGCACGCGGUCAUCUCGAGGACGCACUCGGAUACGUAACCGAGUCGUAACGAGAGGAAAUUUUCGAAAAUUCUAAAGUGGACAUGCGUAUCGAAGAUUGGCCUGAAGCUGCACAUCGAUGACGCAGGUGACCACACUAAUAUAACAAUAUGGACUAUAUGGGAUAUAAUUCAAACAUAUUUCAAAAGCUAGGAGUUAGUGACGAGGUGACGACGACGACCACGGGCACGACGGAGACACACGAAGAAGAAACGAAUCAACCAAUCAUGGCUAAAAGCGCCGAGAGACUUCCUGGUACGUCCACCAGGCUGAGGACCCGAGACGACGGCUGCUGUUCUGUGAAUUUCUUGAAAUACGUUCUACACAUCUACAACGUGGUGUUAUUCUUAUCUGGAUUGGUAGUGGGCGGAAUCGGUAUCUGGACGGUGAUUUCGAAGCACAACUACGUGUCCCUGAUGACGACCUCGACGUACCCGGCGCUAGCUUACGCUUUGAUCGUCGCAGGUGUCCUGGCUGUGGUCGGUAGCUGGCUCGGAUGCGGCGGUGUAACCUCUGAAAAUAGAUGCGUUCUUCUUAUAUACGUGUUCGUGGUGAUGCUGGUGUUCGUGCUGGAAGCGGGGGUCGGUGCUCUAGCGCGGCUCUACGAGGAACAAGUCGGCCCUGAAUUGAAGAUGAACCUUAAUCGUACGUUCCUCGAGAACUACUCUAUGAGGAGCAGGGAAACUUCGGCGAUCGACCAAAUGCAGAUAGAGUUCAAAUGCUGCGGAGCCGUGAGAUUCGAGGAUUGGCUGGUGAGCGAAUGGCACAAAGGCGAGGAUGUUCUCAAGGACGGAAGUCUCGUCCCAGAUAGCUGUUGCAAGACACCGACCCACCUUUGUGGAAGGAGGGAUCAUCCGUCGAACAUCCAUUACACGGGUUGUAUCUACAAAUUCCUGGAGACGACGAAGGACCACCUGAUCAUCUUAGGAGCAGUAGGCCUAGGACUAUCGGUCUUAGAGCUGUUCGGUAUCGUUCUUGGCUCGUGCCUGUAUAUAAAGCUGAGACACGAUUUCGACGACUGAGAAUUGCUGCAAAUCCGUGAGAGCAACAACAACGGCCGUUCCUGGUGCAGAUACAUGCAGAACGGUGAUGGAACCGUUUGAUCAUCGUACCGGAAAAGAAAGAAGAGGAGCGGUCGUUGAAAAGAGGAGAUCCUUCUUCCGACGUUCGCCAUUCAGGAUUUCCUCCGUUUCUGGCGCUGAAAUCCUCCCAGCCUCUCGAAGAGACGGACUCUUGGAAUUUCUGUCCUAUUCUAUCCCUUUCCCAAGGGGAGAUUACGUACAAAGAGACUCGAAAGGGAAAGAAACGAGGAAAAAUGGAGUAAACGGUGCGUGGCGUUUGGGUCACCGUGACGAUCUCCCUCGCCACGGAAUCUUCAAAGACGAAACUCUUUCUCUUUCUUUUAUACGUCCCGUGCAACGCGGAAUUCAAUGGAAAGAAGAGGAAUAAAAAGGGGAGCAACACUGAGUUACCGAUAUUCGAUAACGAAACGGUCGCGAAAUCCUCGCUUCCAUUCGUUGACCGAUUCAACUCCGCGAGGAAUCCUAUUUCGAUCGAAUUAAUCGGCCGAGAGGAAGCGGAUGAAAAGAAAAACUCUGUCUUUAAAGUUCACCGACUUCCUCCUCGUCUAAAUGAAUCUCAAUUAAUUGUCGACUACUGGCCGGGGUCAUACCACGUGCAUUUUUCCAUAUAAAAGAACCAUGACAAUUUUAGAAAAAAAUGUUUCAACGAAUGCCUAUUUCAAAGCGUGUUUGUUCUGCGUCGUGAGCAACUCGUGUGCUCGAAUCCGAAGCUUUUUGUACGCCGUUUCUCUUUCUCGAGGAAGAACGGGGAGGCGUUCUUCUUUUUGUAACGGGACAGCAUCGAUCACGAUGCCCCGUUCACUCGCGACAAGUGAUCUCUGGCUACGUCGAACGUACUUGGUUUCACUGUCGGCGAACGUUCUUCCGCUCGUACAAAUCACGCUGUCUCUUCGAAUACUGCCGUAACGAAUCCGCACAAACGUUUCUAAAGGUAUAUACACAAGUUACACGUACGAGAAGGGAGUUUAGCGUUCUUUAGCUAGUAAAAAGUCACAACGACGUGUUCCAGUGGUAGCGAUCGAAACACGGCGCUGUUCCUCGGGGCCAAAGCAAGUCCCCGUUUGUCGAUUAACCGGACCAUUCGAUCGUCCUGCUUUUUCACCAAAAAUAAAAACAGAAAAAAAGGGUACCGAGAAACGAGAGAACCGAUUGUUCGAGCGAUCGCCAAACGAUCGUUCUCCUCCUAUUCUAUGAAAGUCGACUGCGUCCCUCGAGUUUUCUUAUAACGUAAAAACGAUUUUGUCUCUUAAUUUAUUCGAUGAAGGACUUUAAAGAUCGUUUAACUCGGCGGAAAGAUGGAGGACGUGUAAGUAUCGACCAUUUCGAACGAGGGAACGACGUGAGAUUCAGCGAAUCCAUAAGCUCGGACAGAACUGUAAACAGUGCCUUGACGAGUUAGCGUUUAAGUUCAGAGAUAUUUUAAAUUAUCGCCGAUGUAAAUUCGUGCAGAGAAAACCGAUAGCGAUUUGUAAAUGUACGUACAGUAUUUAUUCAUAUAUUAUACGUAUAUAUAUAUAUAUAUAUAUAUAUAUAUGUAUUAUAUUAUAAUAUAAUAUAUAUAUGUAUAUAUAUAUAUAUCUAUCUGUUGCUUCGCAAAUCAAUACGAGCCUUCGCACAUUAUUUAUAGCAAAGUUUGUCGUGCAACGAGAACACGCGUUGUAUCGACGAUUGUAUGUGAGAAUAUUCUCUCUCUCUCUUUCUCUCU